GCUUACGAGCCGUCUCGAUAACUUAUACACCAUUAAAAUGGAUUUUUAUUAGAAUACAAUCUGACAGCUACAGGCUCAACAGGGACACAAAAAUGAAUGUUCUCAUGUUAAUGUUAUUAUUGUGGUACAAUUACAGUAUUAUUUACAGUCACAUUACUGUCAAGGGUCUCGGGAAUAAACGUAGUCUCAUUCACGGUAGAAAACAGAAAAACAUCUCCAAAUGUGUUUUAAAUGAGACGCUAACUAAUGACUACGAGAUUCUGUCCUCGGCGGUGUCUGAAUCUAAAUACAUUUUCACAGCGCGCGUCCUGAGCGUCAGGAAGAUUAAACGGGGUAGCAAGCCCCAUGUGAGAGUAAACAUAUCCUACAAAUUGUAUAUCAGAUUGAUAAUGAAAGGAGAUGUUCACGACCUGAAAAGUCACGUUUUUGUUGGAGACGAACGAACUUUGAAUGGUGCGAUUGUGUUCGUUGACUGGCUUCGGACGAAUAAGUGCGCGUAUAAGUUGUAUAGGCAUUCUUCAGGAAUAUUUUUGAGCGAUGGAUUUUACGAGAGCUACGGUCGUCGGACCCCGCGACUGCGGCUCUUAUACGAGCCUCUUCCACUGUCUUUAUAUGAUUUGGACAGAGUAAAUGCCGCAUUGAAAGAUUUACAUUACCAACCACGACCUCCGGCCCCCGAAGAGGCCUGUGAGAAAACGUUUUGUCGUUGGGGAGCAGAAUGUGUGUCGUUAGGCGAUGGCCGUGCACACUGCGCUUGCCCUACAAGCUGCCCAUCAGCAGCAACGCCGGUUUGUUCGACCGCGGGCCGGACAUACAGAAACCAUUGUUUCCUAAGAAAGGAGGCUUGUGAACGAAGAUUAAACUUACGGGUCAAGCAUGAGGGUGAAUGUGAAACUGGGGAACCCUGUAGUACAAUGACAUGUCCACCUGGUACCCGUUGCGUAGCGACCUUUGGCCAGGCAGAAUGUCGGUGUCCUCGGAAUUGCCAAAAGCGGAAGGUGGUAUGCGGAUCUGACGGUAGAGAAUAUCCCUCAGAGUGCCACGUCCAUAAGCACGCUUGCGACAACCAGCUCAAUAUCACAGUGAAAUAUCAUGGAAAAUGCGAUCCUUGUUCGGAGCAUGAAUGCACUGGCGGCAGUGUGUGUCAACUGAAUGAAGUGCGCGCCCCAGUUUGUCGUUGUGGCCCUGCGUGUGAUCUGAUCGUUCAACCUGGUUCAGCUGUAUGUGGAUCCGAUUACAAAGACUAUAUAAGCGAGUGCAGUCUACAUCAAGAGUCCUGUCGAACGAGGCAAGAAUUGUCCAUAGCUUACAGAGGAGAGUGUGCAUCAGCGCAACAUCCGUGCGAAUCUGUCAAGUGCAGUAUGCGGGAGUUAUGCACUUUAGAUGCACGUGGAGUCGCUGUAUGUGGCUGCGGUCCAGAAUGUGAAAAGGUGAUGAGGCCAGUCUGUGGGAGUGACAGUCGUACCUAUGACAAUCCUUGCCAGCUGCACCGAGCUGCGUGUUUAGAGAACCGGGAGAUUCGAGUUGCUUAUAUGGGUGCUUGUGGAGAAGAAAACCCAUGUGCCAAAGCAAGUUGCCCCUGGGGCGGAGCUUGCAUAGCACACGGUGGCACUGCGCGUUGUUCUUGUCCUGUUUGUGACUCCAGUCUAGCGCCCGUGUGUGCAUCAGACUUCAAUACAUAUGGAAGCGAGUGCAAAAUGCGUAUGCACGCCUGUCAAGAGGGUAUCGGCGAACAUCAACUCAAAGUCCUGUAUAAUGGUACUUGCUUAACAUGUGGAGAUAUCGUAUGCCUUGGCGGCGGUGAUUGUGAGGUGGACGCCCUAACUGGCCGCCCUGUUUGUCGCUGUAUCCACAAUUGCACUGAUACUCAGGAUGUAGUCUGUGGAAAUGAUGGGCAAACAUACAAAUCUCAGUGUGAAUUAGACUCAACUGCAUGUCGAGAGCAGAGUGACCUCCGGCUGGCUUAUAAUGGCGACUGUGCUUUAUGUGAGGGAGUGCAGUGCUCUUUUGGGGCUCACUGUAUAGCUGGAGAAUGCUUAUGUCCCACCAAUUGUAUGGGAGCUCCUCACGAACCAGUAUGUAGCAGUUCUAUGCAAACAUAUCCCAAUGAAUGCGAACUUCAAAAGGCAGCAUGUGGAGUACCACCACCGACAAAACUACACGUUAUUUUCUAUGGGGACUGCAAAGAUAGACUUGCUGUUGUACCACCUAUAGCUAUGACAACGACCGCGAUGACUACAACCGAGGCUGAGCAAGAGUUUACGGAUUCUUUGGGUGCAACGGAUUGGGAGUCGACAAGUGCCUCUGCUUGCCGCGAUAUCCGUUGCGAUUUUGACGCCAGCUGUGAAAUCGGUGUAGACGGCUAUCCCCGUUGCUCUUGCCUCUUCGAAUGUCCAAUGGAAGAUGAAUAUUUUCCGGUCUGUGCAUCCGACUUUCGACUUUAUCCAAGUUUGUGCGCGAUGCGGAAAGAGGGAUGCCAGAAGCAAUUAGAGCUUAGAUUACGACCGCUGGAUUUAUGUAAAGGCAUGGAAGUCAGGCCUUGUGGGAAUAGCAAAGCAAUGAUCGAUUUAUCUACGGGUCUGGAAAUAGACUGCGGGAACGGGCCCCAUCGACAGGAUUGUCCUCUUGGGAGCUACUGCCACAUCACACUCACAGCGGCCAGGUGUUGUCCGAAAAAUGACAUGAAGCAAGAGGAAGAUAAGAAGGUGCUGCAUUGUUCAGACAGUGUGUUUGGUUGUUGCGGGGAUGGUGUGACGUCAGCCUCGGGCCCUAAUGAGGAGGGUUGCCCGAUUACAAGUUCAAGUUGUGGCUGCAAUCGCCUGGGGUCGGUAUCUGAUCAUUGUGAUGAUAGCGGUCAGUGCGGGUGUCGGCCUGGCGUUGGCGGACUCAAGUGCGACAGAUGCGAGCCUGGCUACUGGGGUCUGCCACGUAUAGGCUCAGGACACACUGGAUGUAUUCCGUGCGGGUGUUCAGCAUUUGGCUCUGUGAGAGAAGAUUGCGAACAAAUGACUGGUCGUUGUGUCUGCCGGCCCGGAGUUCAAGGACAGAAGUGUACUGUCUGUGCCGAUCAUAGGAGACGACUAGGGCCUAAUGGUUGUUCCGAUCCUGAAAACUUGGCAAUCGCAGAAUCGUGCAGGGAGCUUUCUUGCUACUUUGGCGCUGUCUGCACAGAGCGGACUGGUGGAGCCCUAUGUGAGUGUGCCGCUGCACCGUGCCCCGACAGCGAUCUCAAUAUGCUGGUUUGUGGAAGCGAUGGAAAGACGUAUGAAUCGGAAUGCCAUCUCAAACUACAGGCUUGUAGAACUCAAGAGGAUAUUGUUAUACAGGCAUUUGGGCCUUGUAAAUUAUCAGAAAUACCGGCCACUGCGGGGCCUCCGAGACCUUCCUCGCCCAUUCAAUUCACCCAACAGGACGAUGGUGCAGCCUCUAAAUCUACACGACACUUACUAAAUCCCGACAAAUACUACAAUAAGUAUGAAUGGACGCUAAAAGAAACGCCAAGUGAUUUCGAAAGCUUUCUUUCUGGGCAAAAAACAAAAGGUUCACAAACAGCAACAACAGCAACCGUUGGGGCUGUCGGAGCAUUGCUUGGCGAUCUUUGUACUGAGGAUUCUGAUUGUAACGCAUUGCCGGGUGCCCAGUGCGCGAGAGGCGGGUGCGUUUGCCGCCCUGGAUAUAUACCAACUCCACAUAGGAAAGCAUGUGUUGAGCAAUUGUCUCCAGAAACAACGGAGGAAUAUAGUGCCUGUUUGUCCGAGCCGUGUUACAAUCUUGGCACAUGUAUUGACUUGCCCGGAACAACAUACACUUGUGUGUGUUCUGACCAUUACACAGGAAUCAAUUGCGAAACACUGCUUAAAGAUGAUUCCCUAUUCGCCUAUAUAGAGACCCCAUCCUUCGACGGUUCGUCUUAUAUAAGACUAAAACCAUUGAAGGCUUACCAUAAGCUGAAUAUUGAUAUCGAGUUCAAGGCAUUUUCUGAAAAUGGAGUAAUAUUGUACAAUCAGCAAAAAUACGACGGUACGGGCGAUUUUGUUUCGCUCGCUCUUGUGAACGGAUAUUUAGAGUUCAGGUAUAACCUUGGCAACGGGGCUAUAAUUCUUACAUCGCUAGAAAAAAUAACCUUAAAUGAGUAUCAUAAAGUGUCGGCCAAAAGAUAUCAUCGAGAUGGGAUUCUAUCAGUUGAUAAUAUGGAAGAUGUAGCGGGACAGUCGAGAGGCAACUUAAAAGCUUUAGACCUCGCUGAUGACGCUUAUAUUGGCAGCGUGCCUACUAAUUAUUCGAGAGUUUACGAUAAUAUCGGGACACGAAGCGGCUUUAUUGGCUGUGUGAAAUACUUGAGAAUAAUACGUCAUCAAGUUACUAAGAAAUUGGGUCGUCCUGACUCAUUAGUAGUCGCUUUAGAAAACGUCCACGAGUGUCAAUCUAAUCCAUGUAUGAGUAUGCCGUGUAAAAAUGGGGCUACGUGCCGAGCUAUCGAGGGCUCGCUAACUGACUACGCAUGUAGCUGCUCUAUCGGAUUUCAAGGGUCCAAUUGCGAGGAGAGAUUAGACCCUUGCGAAUCAAAUCCUUGUGGAUAUGAUGAGAGUCUAUUGUGCGACGUUGGACCAGAUGGAGGACACGUCUGUCGUUGUUUAUUUGGAGAAAUCGGAUCUAGUGGAAAUACUUGUAACAAUGAUGUAAAUGUAAUUCAAGAGACGUGGUCUCCUCAAUUCAAUGGCACGAGCUACAUCGAGUUAAUGCCCCUCGAAGGUCUUGGAAAAGCGUUUCGAAUCGAAAUUUGGUUUUUAACGAACCGAUUCUCCGGAAUGCUGCUGUACACCGGCCAAUCUAAUAAAGCGAAGGGAGAUUUUAUAGCUAUUAACUUAGUUAAUGGAUACCUUCAGUUUAGAUACAAUUUAGGGAGUGGGAUUGCUAAUAUCACGUCACCAGUAUCAGUCAGCAAAGGGCGUUGGCACCGCGUGCGUGUGGGGCGCGCAGGCCGACACGGAAGCCUACAACUCGACCACCACCCAGUUCAGAGGGGGCGCUCACCCCCACCUCUAACGCAUUUGGAGCUGACGCUGCCCCUUUUUAUUGGAUCUCUACCUUCUUACAACCGUCCCCACAAAAUGUCAGGGGUGACCAGCAGUUUUAUAGGAGCCGUGCAACAGGUCUUUGUGAAUGGCGAACCAUUAUCCCUGUACAGUUCCGAAACAGCAAAGUGUGUUGUAGUCCCCGAGGAGGAAAGGCUUCCUUGUGCCACGAGUGGGGUCACAAAGUACACCGGUCCGCCAUGUGGAAAUGGUCUAACACCGUGUAAAAAUAAUGGCUCAUGUAUACCACUAUUGAACGAGUAUAAAUGUGUGUGUCGCGAAGGCUAUGAAGGCAGGAACUGUGAGGUGCAAUUAAAAGUGGAGAUGUUGAACGACGGAGCACCUGUUAGGUUCGACGGAAAUAAUUACUUCUCGUAUAGGAGCCGGGGCGGACGCAGGAAUCGUGGCCCUCGCGGUAUUAGAUACGAAAUAAAGUUCCGUACCUUCAAUGAAUCUGGUCUGUUGAUGUGGCGACGUAGAAUCGGUGUACGACCACGUGACUUCAUCGGACUGGGUUUCAGUGGUGGAAAAUUGCAAUUGAUCUUCACCGAUACGGAUACUCAGGAUAAUAUAGGACACGACGAUUGGUUCCAAAGUGUAGAGUCCAGGGAUCGAGUUGAUGAUGGAUUAUGGCACACUGCUAUACUGAGAAGACGUAAACGAUUGGCUAUGCUUCAAGUGGACGAUCUACCACCAGUUAGAGGGUACUCUCAGUCUUUACUGGUACCCUCGAAGGCUAAUCCUAAAUUGUGGAUCGGUGGAUCUCCAUCGCUAUCACUAGGAUUGCCGACGUCUCUGUACACGGGACUGCAGGGUUGCAUUGCCAGCGUCAAAGCGAACGGACGACAUUUAGACAUCACGAACCCCAUACGACCUAUGAGUACGAUACGAUAUUGUGUAUAACUUUGCAUAUGCUGCAGCCAGUGAUAUUAAAAGUAUUAUCAAACAGUUGAAUACUACUAGUACCUGUACCUUGUAAUACAUAUCUGUUACAACGCCUGCUAUGUGCUGAAAAUUGUUUCGUAUGGAAGGAUAAUAAUUGUAAUGAAAAUUGAAUUGUGAAUGCAUAUCGGUAAAGAGCAACGACACUGGUGUUGUUACAAUUUUUAAGCAUUCCAGUCAUAUGUAUCCUUUCCGUUCUUAUAUCAUCUGCAAUUUUUCCAGCAUUAGUAAAAUACGAGUAUUCUGAUGUGAACUUAGUAAUACAUUUAGCGUGUCAAUUAUGUAUUAUUCUUUAAGAGUGUUAUUUCGUUAAUGUAUAACAAUAAUUAACUAAUAAGCAAUAUAUGUUUUCAUUGCCAUAACCUUAACUGAAAUAAAAAUAAUUAUUAAGUAGUUUAAGUAAACAUCAACUACAUUUAUUUUAUUUGACUUUCAAAUAUUUUUACAAACGACAAACUAUAUUCUAUAUUCUGAUACCUAUUAUUGAAAUGUAAGUAAUUUCCAGGUGGAUGGAAUGGAAAUAAUAAUUCAAUAAAUAAAUAUUUGUCGUAUUAUCUAAACACCUCGAAGCCAUCUCGUUAUUAAGUUACGAUGACUAACUAAAUAUAUAUAAACUAUUUAUUCAAAAUAAUAUCUUAUUAUUAGAAUAAAAUUGUUCAAUGGGCUUUAAUUAUAACAUUCCGUAAUAAUAACGCUUAAAUAUGUAAAAAAAAUACUGAGUUUCCGAUAUAAAAUAUCCCUCAGUAGUUUAAAAUACAUUAUUAAUCUAAGACUUUCAUUCAAAAUACCUAAUUACUAGUACUAUUAUAUUAUGUACCUAAUAUAAAGUGCCAUAGUUGUACAGUAGCUGUUCCCUUAGUAAAUUGAUAACUAAUUACUCAGAUUUAAUUAUUUCUUACGCUUUGUUUUUCAAUGAAUAUGAAAUAUGACAAUAACAUUUCUAGUAAUUCAUAACUCAUCUCAAAUUAAUGUUUUCAAAAUUAAUUGCGUCUAUACAUCUUAUUUUCUCUGCCAGGUAUGAAUUGUUUUUGAAAUACAAAGAGUUUUGUUUCCAUAAGUUCUUGUAGAUAUCGUGUAAAUAGUAAUAUAGAUUAGAAUUUUUUACAAGCCGCUUUAAUGUUAAAUGUCAAUGAAUUAUACGAACUGUUUCAUGCACAUCUAUACAGAGAUUAUCAUUCGUAGAGCAUAGUAAAAAUUGGUAUUGGAAAAUGUAGAUAAUAGAAUUAUAAAUACUAUGCAAUUUACGAGUUUAUAAUUUUUAGACGCUUUUAAGAAUAAGCUUAAGUUUUUAUCUGUUUAGCGUAAUAAACUAUGACAAUAUUCGAAUGAUCUACUCGACUAGAUUUUACAUGCGUUAGUGUUCGUGGUCAAACAUAUCUGUUGAAUUUUAGACUAUUUUCACCGCUCACGUUGUUCGGAUCGAAUAUUAUUCCAUUUGUGGAUGUUUGCUUACACAUACGUUUAAAGCAUAUAAACAGAUUUGUUGGAAUAUUUUCGUAUAUUGCUCUAGUACUGUAACGUCGGUUUACUUCCAGUCUAAUUUAUUACGUGUUUUGAUGUACCUACAAUCCUA